GCGAACCAAAAAAAAGAAACAAAUUAGAGAACUCCCAAAUAAAGUCAAGUGCCUCUCUCCUGCUUCCUCUCUUGCUAGUUUUUCUCUCUCUCACACACGCACACACACAAAUACUUUGGUUAUUUCUCAAUUUUCACCUACAAAUCAUCAUCUUCUUCGUCACACAUACCCUUUCAUUUCUCUUACCAUCUCUGUUCAUCUUCACACCUAUUCUUCUCCAAUCUUUCCUUCUCCAAUUCGCACCUCUCUCUCUCUCUCUAUCUCUCAAACUUUCUCCCCCCAUUGGAUCAUUCCACAACUCACAAACCAUUACAUUUUCUUUUCUUUUCUUUUCCACACCUUUGGGUUCUCUACCUUUCCUCCACCCGCUUUCUAAUCUCUGAUUCUGUUUCUCUGGAUUACCAGGGCCUGAGAUUGCUGUUCAUAGUUUUGUAAUUUCAUGGAGCUUUUGGUCGACCCCUUCUUGUUUCCUCAGUUUCUUAUUGUUAAAUAAUCCGAACUGGGUUGAUUUCUUUUUUCUUAAUUGUUUUCAUCAUUCACUGAUUGAAACGCUUGGUAGCUAGCUGUUCCUACAAUAUGCUGUCUCAGCAGCAAAACCCACCUGAGGUUUCGCUUUCUCUGCAGCAACAAAUGAAUCCCAACCACGAUUGCAUCCAAACAGAUAUCAAGUCCUUCUCCAUAAGGUGAUUUUGUUUUAAUUAUAUUGGGUCUCUCUUUUGGGAGUUUUCUAAUCUUUCUGAAUAUAUUUCUUUUCAGCAUUUUAUGUACCGGUAUUGCAUGGUGUUUUAUGUUGCACUUGACCACAUGCACUACAUUUUACUUAAAACUCAAUGUUCUCUCUUCUUUGACAUUAUCAAGUUUGUUUUGGUCAUAGGAAUAACAUAUUUGUUUACAAACUGCUUCACGUGAGAUAUUUUGUAUGAAAUAAUCACUUUAUAACCGCAAUUUGUUUACAUGUUCUACUUCAUAUAUUGAUCAACUAAAGGCAUGUGUUUACUCUUUUCAUGGGCAAAUUGUUUUUGCUUUAGAUGCAUGUUCUUUAUAAUUCUGAUAUGGGAACCUUCUCCUUUACUAAUUUUUAAGGUUUCAGUUCCUUAUCUUCUCUUUCGUUACUUCUUGAUGCCACCCCAACAUUAUCAUUUUAUGUUAAAUGAGAUGUAUAAAAUUCUUGGUUCAAGAAUGGACUGCCAUUUUACUGAUAACCAUCUCAAUUACAGAAAGUAUGCUCUUGCUUCUCGUCAAAAAGAUAUCUUUUGUAGUUGGCCAUUUCCAGAGAAAUACUUGAAAAUCUGUUUCAAGCAUGGUAUCAGCAAUGUGUUGCCACCCCUUGAACCCGGUGAUUCAGUUAUUCAGUCACUCAGAAGAGAUGUUAUGUUUAAGUCUUCCAAACAAGAUAACAAAAAGGCUGAUUCCAUUGACAAUAAAGCACCAGAUUUUGCUGAGCAGGAGAAGCUUAUUAAAGAUGAGUGUGAUUCAUACUCUAAUGAAGCUAUAUCAAAAGUUUCCAGCCAGGAAUGCCCUUUAUUUCCUUCUAGCAAUAGUGAUAAGCUCGAAGAAAACAAUUCCAAUAUUGCUUCUGAUUUCAUGGUUCCUAGAUUUAAACCUUCAACUACAAUGCAUAGUUUGCACCACCAUGAUGAUCAGAAUGGUAAAUUACAGAUUUCCUCCAAGAGAAUGAGGCAUAAGCGAAAAAGACAUAAGGGGAAGCACAAGAAGCGGUCAAUGGUGGAUAUUUUAGCAGUAGCGAAGCAUUGUUCUUCGGAGGAACUCUAUAGAAUUAACCAAAUAUUGGGCUGUGCUUCAGAAAAAGCUCCUAAGCAUGGGGGUGAAGGAAAUGGAGGAAUGGCCAAUAUUGAGAAUAAUUGUGAAUCUGAAUUAACAGAUGACUGCUUGGACAAGAAGCUUCAAAAAGAUGAUUUUGCGGCAAAAAAAAUAAAUAUGUUGAGCAAAAAACGAUGGUUAGUAAAGUUCAAGUUCAGCGGAAGCAAAUCCAAUUCAUGAACGGAUUUUUUUUCCACAGUAUAUAUCAAGGCACCAGGUACUCUUAGUUGAUUAUGAAGUUAGCAGAUGACCUAUCAAAUUCCUACCAAUCACCAUCAAGUCCUUGCUAGGCAGUUGGAAUCACAUGGGUUGGGCAGCUCCAAGCCUCAUGAACAAUGUUGAGGAAAAGAGAAAGGCAAGCUCACACAGAAAAGUGCUGCAAAUUUUAUGAACCAAAUGUAUCACUGAGUUUUGUCUGAAAUGGGUGGAGACUAUCAAUGCAUUGUCAAUCAUAGUUUUUUUUAAUCAGAUUUGGAUCAUGAUCCAAUCUGUUGACUGGCCUAGGUGGACAGUUGUUGCCAUUUAUAUUCUAACAUGGGUGCAAAAAUAUGCCAAAUUUUGUAGAAGAACCUGAUCCCUUCAACAAUUAAAUUUCAUUUAUACUUCUUCA